AGCUGCACCUGACAGGGUUAAGCCUUAAAAAGUGGGUGAAGAAGUCAUAUUUCGAGCCUCACCUCCCAAGGGCUCCUAUUAAGUUGGAAAGAGAGAGAGAGAGGGAGGAAAGGGGAACGAAGAAUGCAUUCAGCGAAACCAUCUGCCUCUUACCACACAGAGAGAGAAUGCUUCAAAACUUCCGCAGUGCUCUCAUGGACCAUGGCUGGGGCCUCCAUCCUAUUUCUCAGUGUCUGCUUCAUCACCAGAUGUGUUGUAACGUAUCGCAGUUGUCAAAUUAAUGAGCAGAAAAAGUUACUGUCACGUGAAAAUGUCAAGGAGCUCUCCUGCUACAGUGUCACAUCAGGUUCAGUCAAGAGCUGCUGUCCUUUGAACUGGCAACAUUUUCAGUCUAGUUGUUACUUUUUCUCCAAGACCACCCUGACCUGGCCAUCAAGUUUAAAGAACUGCUCAGAAAUGGGGGCGCACCUGGUAGUUAUCAACACACCGGAAGAGCAGGAAUUCCUUUAAACAAAACCCAAGAAGAAAGAGUUUUAUAUUGGACUGACUGACCAAGUGGUUGAGGGUCAAUGGCAAUGGGUGGAUAACACACCUCUCACAGAGUCCCUGAGCUUCUGGGAUGCUGGGGAGCCCAACAAUAUAGUUUACGUGGAGGACUGUGCCACCAUAAGGGACUCUGGAAAUCCCAGGAAGAAUUGGAAUGACAUACCCUGUUUUUACAGUAUGCCUUGGAUUUGUGAAAUGCCGGAAAUAAGUCCUUUGGACUAAAUGCAAGUGAACGCAGGAGACAUGGUUUAAAUGCAUGAGGAGCAACAAGAGGGUAACAAAACCCAAAACCCAGCAUGAGAAAACAUCCGUUAUGGACCAUAAGGACCACAAACACAUGUGUUACUCUGAUAUGAGUAAAACCGAGUUGUUCCCAUUGCUAAAAUCUCUGGUCCCGACUGACAUUCUCGCCAUAGCCCUCAAGCCUGUUUUCAGAAUGUGCAGAGUAAUCCACUAAUAAAUGCAGCAAGAGGAAAGGGACUUUCCCGCUGGCAUCUGUCUGGCUUAUGAGAACUGAUGGGAGGAGCAUAAGUACAAGCGACUGCACCAUCUGGUGAAGAAGAGGUCUACAGACCCAGACUUGGGAUGGUCCAGAUAAUCCUCUUCUUUCCACAUCCUAGGAUCGAGGUCAUCUCCUCACACUGUUAAUGCACAGAUCACAUCCAUACUCUCCAACAGCAAGGGAGAAGCAUCUCUGGCUCUUAAACUUACUGCUGCUGAGGAGAAUGGCAUGGCUGUCAGCGCAUCUCCAGAGACAGAGGCCAAAUCAGCUCCAAACAGAUGGUGGUCUAGUCCACUCUUCCCCAUCAACUGGCUCUCCCCUGCAUUUGUAUCUACUGCUCAAGUAGAGUCAGAGUUCCAAGUGAGAUUGUCCUUUAAAAAUUCAGUUUCACACUUUCCCUUCUCAAGAC